GCGGACAGAGAUGCCACGGCGGCCAACUGGGUGUCCGCGGCGGCGCCGGGGGAAGAAGCCAAAGCUGGAGGAGACGCCAGUACAAGGAGAUCCAGCGCCGCCGGUGUACAUGCUACUAGGCCACGGCAGCGUGCGCCCUGCCUACUCCGUCUUCAAGGUGGACCCUUACGCCAACGGCGGACGCAAGGCCCGCCUCCUCGCGCGCCUCGAGUGCAAGCACAGCAAGUCUUUCGUUUCCGUCAGAUCCAAGCACUGCGCGUGGAUCGUCGGCGUCGGGGGCAGCUCCACCAAGAGCAGCUACGGCGCCGAGACCAUCAUCUUCGACGCCGACACGCACAAGGUGAUCACGGGGCCCGAUCCCGGCUCGACCAAGCGGAACCCGGUCCUCCUCACCGUCGGCCAAAGGGUCUACGCCCUGGCCCGCUGCCCCUCCGUCAACGGAAGGCCAGACAACGCCUACGACGGCCGCAUCAACUUCUGCCCCUGGUUCGAGGUCCUCGAUCUCUCCCAAGCCGAGGUGGUCGACGGCUCCCUCACGGGCUGCGAAUGGAAGGCCCUUCCGACCCCACCCUUCUUCCCAUGGGGCCUCAACCCGUACCAGUACAUCAGACCCACCAUGCGGGAUUUCACCGUCAAGUCCUACGCCGCUGUCGGUUCCUACAUACUGGUCUCCGUCGCCGGGCAUCCGGGGAUACACGCCUUCGACACGGACAAGGAGCUGUGGACGACCUUGGAUGCUACCAACACCCUGCCAUUCAGCCAGGGCGCCAUCCCCCACGGCUCUGACCUCUUCCUCGGCGUGUCAAGGGCCACUGGGGCCAUCACCGCCUACAAGAUCAGCGUUGUCGCCGGUGUCGCGCUGGCCAUAAUGGAGAUCCCGGUACUGUCUGCCCUGCCAGGCGAUGAGGAGGUAAUGACCACCAACAAGUUCCUGUCCCUGGGAAUCGACCGUGGUUUCUGUUCAGUCAAUAGCUGGAGCGUCGACGAGUCAUGGGAUCCUCCGUACCUGCGUGCCAACAUCAAGGUGAUAGCUUAUGGAACUGAGGAUUUCGAGGGGACAUGUCUAGACGUGUCCAAGCGCUGGAAGCAGCUUUUCAAGAUUCAUGAUCCAGUCCGAACACUAGAUUCCCCUUGCGUGGCUGCCGUCUUCUCCCUAUGAGUAGUAGUACAUGGCCCAGCAUGAUUGAUUUACUGUGGAGUCGAGCGUGGGAUAUGGAAUCUUGGAAUUAGCUAAUCUGCCUUGCUCGUGUUUUAUUCUUGUGCUAAAUAUUAAGAACUGCAUGUUUGCUGUGUGAAGAAACUGUAUCGGACCUUGAAAGAAUCUCUCCAUGUAUCAGCUUUUAUUUUGUUUACGUAAUCUGUUUCAGAAAGCUAA